UAACGGGUAAGAUAAAAGUUGAUAUACAUGGUUUCUCCACCAUUUAAGGAGGUAGAGAAAGGCUUCUCCGCCAUUUAAGGAGGAUUGACGUGUCUUUGGGUACACUUAUGAGAAAGGUUUCUCCACCAUUUAAGGAGGUAGAAAUUGACGUGCCUUUGGGUACACUUAUGAGUGAUUGAGUGAAAGCAGUGUGUAAAAGUGUCACCAAGUGGAAUCAGCGCACAGAGUGGAAACCUAACGGUGAUAACAAAAACUCUGUGGUCUGUUGAAGUACACUAGUGGUGAAUUAGGAAUUAGGUUCUGACCGGCACGUUGUCCAGUAGGAACACAAAGCUAGAAUAAUGGGGUCCAAUGGGAGUAAGCCUGCCGCUACAGGGGACAUGAGAUAUAUGGAAAUAUAUAGUCAUGGCAGCACCAGUUAUUGUAGCAAAUGGUAUAAACUGUACGGCUUCCGAGGAAAGUUGGAGAAAACAGCAGUAAGAGAAUUAAGCGACAAAUUGAGAGCAGAAACAGCUGGAACAACACAAGGCAAGAAAAGAAAGAAGUUAGAAGCUCAACUGCGAGUCGCAGCUUUAUGGGCUGAACAAGCCCAUAAAAGGAGCAGGCAGAGGCAGAGGAGGAGGCAGAAACGCAGAAGGCAAAUUCCUCUGCUACAGGUGCGGAAAGGAGGGGCACAUGGCGAGGGACUGUGAGGAACAGAUGUCACAGAUAAAAGAAGGGGGACAAAAGGGACAGUACAAAGACGAAAGACAUGGCCCCCCCCCUUCACAUAACCUACAUAGUUAUGACAACUGACUAGACGUAGAAAAGGAAGAAGAGGACGUCCACACACAUCACAUUGACCUUUCUGAAGUAUUCAGAAUAAACAACAAGAUAGUACUCCCUGUUAGUCUCUACAAAACAGCAGCUCAUUUGAGUCAUGGGCCGUGCCAUGUCUCAACAGGAGGGAUGGUGACAAUAAUAAAUGAACAUUUACAUACAUACAACUACAUUACAUUUUCUAAAAACUUUUGUAGAGCCUGUGUAGUAUGUUGCAGACACAAUGCUCAAGGCAAUGAGCGACCACAGAGAGGAAAGUUCCCUCCACCAACAUACCCAUUUCAACACAUGCAUAUGGACUUCAUCGAACUAACACCAUGCCAAGGGUACAAAUACUGUUUGGUAAUGAUAUGUCCGUUUUCAAAGUGGGUUGAAAUAUUCCCAGCAAAACAUGCAGACGCUAUUACCGUAGCAAAAGCCAUAUGCAAGACAAUAAUACCAAACAGAGGUAUUCCAGAGAAACUGUACAGUGAUAAUGGGUCUCAUUUUGUAAAUCAGGUUAUUACCAAACUGUCCGAACAUAUGGGGAUAACAUUAAAAAACCAUUGUGCAUAUCAUCCACAGAGUGCAGGCUUAGUGGAAAGAACAAACGGAACAGUAAAGUUAAGACUAAGGAAAACAAUGGAGGAAACAGGAAGACCAUGGGUGGAAUGUGUGUCUCUGGUAGAAACAUGCAUGAGAAUCACGCCCACGGCAAAAGGGUUGUCUCCCUUUGAGAUCAUAACAGGAAGGCAAUUCAGAUUACCAAUCACAGACGAGGUGAGGGAGGAGGAUGAUGCUGAGGCAGGGACUACAUUAGCUGAAUGGAUGAGCAGACUCUUCAGAAGCAAUGAGAUAGCUCGAACAAAUAACCUGCCAGACAUUUCUACUCCCUUGCAGGACACUCGAGUGCAGACUGGUGACCAGGUCCUCGUGAAGGUGAUUAAGAGGAAGCAUUGGCACUGUCCACGGUGGGACGGUCCCUACACGGUACUGCUGACAACACCGACUGCACUAAAAAUCGCCGAAAGAACUACGUGGAUACAUCAGAGCCACUGCAAAAAGAUAAUACCUCUCCAACUUAACGAUGGAUAAGUGGUGGAAGUCCGGCUACAAAGGGCGGUGUUUCAUUAGGAAAUACUGGUCUCAACCCCGGUGAAGAAAACAACAGAACCACUAUCACAAAUAGACUAUGUUGGGAAAGGUGUUGUUUGUAGUGACCCUGCUGGGUCUGACGCUAAUGACUAUAAGACAAUUGAGUGAGAAAUCCUCAACAAAAAAAAAGGUCCAUCGAGAGAAAAAAUGGUCAUUACUCAACGAUGACCCAUGGAACCACAACGACAAAACUGCACGCUCACCUAGGAUGACAAAUGCCUGGUAUGCCUAUGUCCAUCAACUUGUUACAAAGACAGGGCGUUCAAAUUGUUAUGUUUGUUCCCACAUGCCAUGGUCAACUGGACAAGUAACUCUGUAUGGUAAAAGGAUGAGUAAAUCACAAGCUAAAUGUUUUGCUACCAUGGGAGGUGUAGGAUACCAGCACUCAGGGAUAAAAGUCAACGAUGUGAAUCCAUAUGCCCCAGGUUUAAGCAAUGGCACUUGUAAUAAGAUAUUUUGGGUGAACUUUAACAUGACAGUGCCACGUAAAAUGACAGGACAAAAGGUAGUCAUGCCAAAUAAUGAAGCUAUACACCCUAUGUGUUACAGUCAGACAGAAGGUUCUGUACCAAUGGGAAACACCACUGGUUGUAACCAGACACUUGUUAAUGGCGAAGGGGCUCCAGUCUAUUUGAGCAAACAAUCUAAUGGUACAUGGUGGGUACAAGGAGGAUGGUGGCUGUGUGGCAACAACGCUUAUCCAGUUCUGCCAAUAAAUUGGACAGGCACGUGCGCACCAAUAUUUGUUAGCGACCACACCUUCGUGAUAGACAUAGAACCACACCUUAACCACACCCGCAGGAGGAGAAAUGCCAUGCCUGCCUUCAAAAAACAUGAUUCAGUAUGGGGAAAAGAUGUCCCUGAUGAAUUCAAACACUGGUCCACCAGUGGAAAGGUAAUAUUAGCAUUGACUCCUGCCUUAGGCGUAGCGAAGAACAUGUUGAGACUCGAAACCCUUGAUUACCGGUUCGGCAUGUUUGUAAAUAAUUCCAUCGUUGUAAACGAACAACAGAACCUCGAACUAGACUCACUCAGAACCAUGGUGCUACAGCACCGCAUGGCCCUUGAUCUACUCACUGCCUCAGUAGGAGGUACGUGUAUCCUUUUGAACACAAUCUGUUGUACAUAUAUCACCGACAAUGUCCACUCCCAAAACAUGACAGAUGCAAUGGCUACUCUCAAAGCCCUACAGACAGCUAUGGGCCAAGACAGACAUGCCUCUCUUGAGACCGGAUGGUUCAAUUGGCUACUCUCAGGGAGCUGGGUUCAAAAGCUCGUGAUGGGAUUUGUUGCAAUCAUAUGUGUUGUCAUCCUUGUGUGCUGUGCUAUGGCUUGUAUUAUACCAUGUGUUAAAGCUAUGGUUGGUAAAAUAGUUACCAACACUCUUGUCCAAUAUACGAUGUUGCAACAGACAGAUAACGAUGACUAUACUGACACAGACCCCUCUCAGAAGGACGAAUAUACUCACCUAACCUCCAAUGUGUAAGACUUAAAGCUAGGUUACUGUCUGUCAUAUGACGAAUGGUUCGAAAAUGUCAAAAACAAGUGAAUUAAUUCUGAAAGUAAUAAAGACACUGUAACCAGCUAGUAAUUAUGAAAAACAGGAGGGAAUGUUAGAGUUUAUUGAAGGAUAAACGUGUUUUCAUAAUAUGUUGUCAUUUUAUGUUGUAAAGAGACCAUAGUCAGAAAAGAGGAACAGAGAAUAGUCUGUUCCCCUUUUCUGUGGACCAUACACACACACACACACAUGAUUGCGAGUCACAAGACUCCCAUUGACAAAUAAAGCCGUUGGUUACAUACACUUCCUCAUGCAUGAUUUGUAACUGUAUUUUUGUAAUAAAGAGACUGCACUGAGAGAAGAGGAGCAGAGUUGGUUUUGGAGUUGACAUGACCUGUCACUCGCUGAUUCUCCUUGCAGCAAGUAAACUUGAAA